UUCUUUUUCAUCCUUCUCAAGCAUUCUUAUGUUCACUAAAAAAAAUGAAUCUGAAGUUUUGUAUUUUGUUGUGCUUUCUUUCUAGGGUGGUUCUCAUCUCUGUAGUGGUGGGUGAUGAGCCAUCUGAAAAAGGAACAAAUGAAAUUCAAGAAAACAUUGUUGUAUGUGAUGACGAGAAUUAUUUUUUGAGUGGUAGGAAAUUCCAACUAAAUCAUGGUAGCAAUAACUGUAAAGGAAAGGGAAAAGGAGGUGGCGGAUAUGAUGGUGGUGGAGGUGGAUCAGGAGAUGGCGGUAGUGGUGGUGGAAGCCCAGGAAAAGGUGGUGGAGGUUAUGGUGGUGGUGGGAGUGGAAGUGGUAGCGAAAAAGGAGGUAAUGUCGGAGGUGGUGGUAGCUCAAGAGGUGGAGCUAGUGUUGAAGGCCCCCCAAGUUAUGGUAGUGGUGGCAGUGGAGGAGGUGGUGGUGAAAGAGGGGGUAGUGCUGGAGGUGGCAGUAGCUCAGGAGGAGGAGGUAGUGUCGGAGGCCCUCCAGGUUAUGGUGGUGGUGGUAGCGAAGGAGGAGGUAGUGCUGGAGGUGGUGGUAGCUCAGGAGGAGGUAGUGUUAGAGGCCCCCCAAGCUCUAGUGGUGGUGGAAGUGGAGGAGGUGGUAGUGAAGGGGGAGGUAGUGGAGGAGGUGGUGGUAGCUCAGGAGAAGGAGGAGGUAGUGUUGGGGGUUCCCCAGGUUAUGGAGGCGGUGGUAGUGAAGGAGGAGGUAGUGCUGGAGGUGGUGGUAGCUCAGGAAGAGGUACUGUUGGAGGUCCCCCAAGUUAUAGUGGUGGUGAAAGUGGAGGAGGUGGUGGUAGCUCAGGAGGAAGUGGGAGUGCUGGAGGGCCUCCAGGUUAUGGUGGCGGUGGAAGUGGAGGAAGUGAUGUUGGAGGUGGUGGCAGUGAAGGGGGAGGAGGAAGUAGUGCUGGAGGACCCCCAACUUAUGGUGGUGGAGGAAGUGGUGGAGGUGGUAGCUUAGGAGGAGGUAGUGUUGAAAGGCCUCCAAGUUAUGGAGGUGGUGGAAGUGGAGGAGGUGGUAGUGAGGGAGGAAGAGGAAGUAGUGUUGGAGGACCGCCAGGUUAUGGUAGUGGAGGAAGUGGUGGAGGUGGCAGCGAAGGAGGAAGUAGUGCUAGAGGUGGUGGUAGCUCAGGAAAAGGUGGGAGUGCUAGAGGGCCUCCAAGUUAUGGAGGAGGUGGUAGCAAGGGAGGAGGUGAUGUUGGAGGUGGUGGUAGUGAGGGAGGAGGAGGAAGUGUUGGAGGGCCUCCAGGUUAUGGUGGUGGUGGUAGUGAAGGAGGAGGAAGUAGUGCUGGAGGGCCUCCAAGUUAUGGUGGUGGUAGUAGUGAAGGAGAAGGUAGUGCCGGAGGUGGUGGUAGCUCAGGAAAAGGUAGUAGUGUUGGAGGUCCACCCGAUUAUAGUAGUGGUGGAAGUGGAGGUGGUAACGAAGGAGGAGGAGGUGGUGGAAGUGAAGGAGAUGGAGGUUAUGGCAGUGGCGGAAGUGGAGGAAGUGGUGGUAGUGCUAGUCAAGGAGGUGGUUCUAGCAGUGGUGGUGAAAGUGGUAGUAGCAGUGGGUAUGGUGGUGGUAGUAAUGAUAAAGGUGAUUAUAAAGGAGGAAAAGGUGAUAAAGGAGACCAUCAUGAAAAAGGAGGAAAAAAUAAAGGCAAAAGAAGUGGUGGAAGAGGAGGAUAUGAUGAUGGAGGAAAUUGAAAUAGUAUUAAAGAAGUUUGUGCCAUCAAGAAUAAAGAGAAAUGAUAGUUUUGGUGGAUGUGAAACCAAAGUCUAUAGUUAGAUUGCUAGUACUUAGUUCUUUGUUGAACUUGAGUGUAGCUAUGAAGAUAAUAUUUGGUUUCAAUGUACCAAUAGUAUGUAAUGUUUUUACCUUGGUUCGUGAAUGGUAUAUAAUCUGGCGUUAAUAUGCAAAUAAGUUAUAUCCAUAG